AUUUAAGAUAAAAAUAAAAUAAUAAUAGUAUCGAGUAGUAGUUGUAAUUAAUUAAAUAUACCUUGGGAGGGACCCCCGUCGCGUUGCUUAUCAUCUUGCUGGCUUCCUCUCUGGCUUCUCUUUUUCUUCCCUUUCCUUCCACCAUUCUUCAUCCAAACUCCCUGUAUCUAUCCUCAAUUGCUUCUUCCUUCCUUCCCUCCCCUCCUCUAUCUUCCCCUCCAUCACCUUCUCUCUACCACGCUUCAUCUUGCUGCUGCUCCCAUCUAGUCUGUGAGCAGUAACUAGCUACCCGCUCUCAAAUCCCGUGUUUACAUCCUUACACCUUUCCUCCCACACCCACAUCUCCUUCAUACAAUGGCUUCCAAGGCUUUGCCCAGUCACCUCAGAGCUCCCGCGAGCGACUCCGCGAGUGCUGCCUCCUUCGGCAAGCACCACGGAAAGUCCCAGUCUCACAUGGCCUUCGAGAAUGCCUCUACUAGCGUGGCUGCCUCUCAGAUGCGCAAUGCCCUGAACGCCCUCGCCGAGACCGUUCCCGAUGCCGCCGAGCGCAAGCGCUUCGAGGCUGAGAUGGACAACUUCUUCGCCCUCUUCCGCAGAUUCCUCAACGACAAGGCCAAGGGCAACGAGGUCAACUGGGACCGCAUCGCCCCUCCCCAGCCUUCUCAGGUCGUCAACUACAAUGAUCUGGGCAGCGAGGCCUCCGUUGAGUUCCUGAACAAGCUGGCUGUCGUCAAGCUCAACGGUGGUCUGGGUACCUCCAUGGGCUGUGUCGGCCCCAAGUCCGUCAUUGAGGUCCGUGAGGGCAUGUCCUUCUUGGAUCUGUCCGUCCGCCAGAUUGAGCACCUCAACCGCACCUUCAACGUCAACGUGCCCUUCGUCCUGAUGAACUCUUUCAACACCGACCAGGACACCCAGUCGAUCAUCAAGAAGUACCAGGGCCACAACGUCGACAUCAUCACCUUCAACCAGUCCCGUUACCCCCGUAUCAUCAAGGACUCUCUUCUUCCCGCCCCCAAGUCCUUCGACGCCCCCCUGCAGGACUGGUACCCUCCCGGUCACGGUGACGUUUUCGAGUCCCUGUACAACUCUGGUACCCUGGACAAGCUCCUGGAGCGUGGUGUCGAGUACAUCUUCCUGUCCAACGCCGACAACCUGGGUGCUGUCGUCGAUCUCCGCAUUCUCCAGCACAUGGUUGACACCCAGGCUGAGUACAUCAUGGAGUUGACCGACAAGACCAAGGCUGACGUCAAGGGUGGUACCAUCAUUGACUACGAGGGCAAGGCCCGUCUGCUUGAAAUCGCUCAGGUGCCCAAGGAGCACGUCAACGAGUUCAAGUCCAUCAAGAAGUUCAAGUACUUCAACACCAACAACAUCUGGAUGAGCCUCCGUGCCAUCAAGCGUGUGGUGGAGGAGAACGAGCUGGAGAUGGAGAUCAUCGCUAACGAGAAGUCCAUCCCUGCUGACAAGAAGGGUGAGGCCGACCAGGCCAUCUACCAGCUGGAGACCGCCGUUGGUGCUGCCAUUCGCCACUUCAAGAACGGACAUGGUGUCAACGUUCCUCGUCGCCGCUUCCUGCCCGUCAAGACCUGCUCCGACCUGAUGCUGGUCAAGUCUGACCUGUACCGCCUGGAGCACGGCCAGCUUGUCAUGGACCCCAACCGCUUCGGUGGUGUCCCCGUCAUCAAGCUCGGUUCCGACUUCAAGAAGGUCUCUGACUUCCAGAAACACAUCCCCAGCAUCCCUCGCAUCGUUGAGCUGGACCACCUCACCAUCACCGGUGCCGUCAACCUGGGCCGCAACGUGCAGCUCAAGGGCACUGUCAUCAUUGUUGCCACGGAAGGCAGCACCAUUGACAUCCCUCCGGGUUCCGUGCUUGAGAACUGCGUUGUGCAGGGAUCCCUGCGCAUUCUGGAACACUAGAUUGGUGCAUUCAUGGGCGGCCGCUUAAUUCCUACUUCCGAAAAGGUCGUCGUUGCCCCUUUGUCUCAUCUGGGAUGAUACCGAGUCACGAAUUGGCUAGGUGGGCUUGAUAGAAUUUCUGUUUGAGCGGAGUCACUUGUCUUCUGGGUUCAUGCCGCUGCUUGGGAUGGGGUCAGAUUAUGACUCUGUCUCUGGCAGAGGCGCAUUCGUGUCAUGGCGGCAUCUACUUCGGGGUGCAGAAAAUCUACUAUUUUAGGCAUCCUUCCUUCUUCGCCAAGGCCAUUUAUUCUGGUCGUUUAGUGUUCUUUAAUUGGGAAGCAUUCUGUGCCCUCUUUUCUCUCCUGGACGCCGGAAUGCUGGGUCAAAAAGGGGUUUCUCAGGAGGAAAAAAGAAGAAAACUGCAGAGUGUGGGGGCCAGCGUUUAGCUAGGAGAUAUCACCGUACGUAAUGUCCAAUUCAUAUUAUUCACCUUUGGA